AUGUCAGAGACAUGUAAAGAGUAUUAUAUCUACGCGACAAGUGACGAGUUUUAUACCAACUACAAACCAGGGAAUUUCCACUCGAAAAAUGACUUUAUUUCCAAAAAGAUUGUUGAGAACAAUUCAAUUCUAUCAGAACAAAUUGCGCUCCUUCAUGAGAAAGAAAAGUGGCAAAUGGCCUUUAAAAGAGAGUUAAACCUUUUCCUUAAAGUGUUGUUUUCAAACCAUCUUUCCUCUUUUGUGUGUUGUUUGAUUCUUAUUCUGUUUUCAGUGCUUUAUCCACUCUCACUCGAUAAAACGAUUUCAAUAGGUACAGGACCUGUUUCAUUGUUAUUAUUGAUCCCAUUGAUGUUCUUCUUUUUGGGAGUGAAUUUCUUCCCCGUGUUUAAGCCAGUGAAAAGUGGACUUGACAACUUGGGGUGUUAUCAAUAUGGCGUCGGUGAUCUUUUAAAUUUAUUGUGGUUCCCACUGACUUUUGUAGUUCAACCACUUGCAGCCGACAUUGAUUGUAUUCUUCCACUUUUUGUACUACUUGCUUAUAUUCUAUUUGUCUGUUUUUCAUUUGGAGUUGUUGGAUUAUACUGGGUAUUGAUCCCAUUUAUUGUGUAUCACACACUUGCAUUCUUGUCGUGUGGAGUCACCUGCAACUGUUAUCAAAUAGCUGAAAUGUUAAGGACUGUAAAGAAGUAUCCCGAUACCACAUUUUAUAUAAUGAACAAUGUACCGUACGGUAUCUAUUUUUCUCUUGACAUCAUUUAUAGAGGCAUUUUCAAAGAUUUAAUUUUUAUGAUCACUUUGUUGUUACUUUUUCUUUCACUAGCUGGAAAGAUGCCCAUUGGCUCGAAUGGACAAAUUGGACUGAUUUGCUUCAUAUUUUGUUAUUGGUACAUUUACAAUUUGGUCACUUUUAUACUCAUUUUUAAUUUCCAGAGAAUAACGUACAACCGAAGAAUGGACAGCAAAAAGGAAUAUUUCACAAAGGGAGUUUGUGUUAUUGACAUUCAAACAAAGACACUCAUUCAAACAUUUACAGCGGCUCUUUUUGGAAUUUUUCUUGCUACUCUUUUGGCUACUACUGCUGUUCUAUGUUAUCAAAUAUAUAUUAAAGAAAGAACAUUGAGUUACAUAGUCGCUUUUGUACCUUUGAUGAUUUUGUUUGUUGGAAUGAUUGGUAUUGGAAAUAUCAAUUUGGUGUGUUUUAACCCAAGAAAGAUGUGUCCUCUUCUGUGCCCAGAUUGGUGUGGUGUGUUUAAGACUAUUUUUUGUUUACAAUGUGAACGUUUUCAACAAGGUGAUGCAUAUAUUUAA